AUGGACCGCGCAACUAACCACGACCUUACAGAUAUUCUCGACGCCAUGCCCAUCCAGAACUUUGAGCGCCACUCCAAUGGCACGGGCCUUGGUCUCGUUGUGCGUCCAGAGCAUGUGCGCAUUGAAUUCAAGAGACCCACACACAAAGAUAUUCAUCUAUUCAACGAAGAAGUGCGUUCACUAUUCAUCACAGACGACGUUUUCAAGUCAUUACGAAAUUAUCUCAUCGAUGGCGGCGGCGGAGGUCCCUACGAUUGUCGGAAACAUCUCUGGGGUGAGGUCCCAGCUGGUCUUCGCUAUGCAUACCUCCAACAUCGCGUUAAGAAGCACGGUGCCAAGCACAGUUUGUUCGCACACCUUUUCAUCCCCGUGUAUGAGUCUCAGCUCAACAAGCUGAAAACAUCGGAAAGAAACCGCGCGGCUAGACAUGAGAAGUUGAACCGGUGGACCAGCUAUUGUAUGCACGAGUACUGGGAGGAGACCUGGUUAAUCGCGCACUGGUCUUCAGCAGCGCCAGCAAAGGUAUUGCCACACUACGAUGACUACACCGUCAACGACCGUCCCGAGAAGCGCAUUGAGAACGAUCGCAAGUUUCUGGAAAUACUUUGCGCUAUCGAUGCGGACGAUAGAGGUGCAGUGCUCGAAGUAUUCGCCGGCUUCCACAGCGGAGUGGACGAUUUGAAUUACUGCUUCGGUACCACGAUCCUCGCUUUUGCAGCCAAACAUGGAAGUCACGAGAUGCUUACACUGCUACUCCGUUCAGUCAAACGCUUGACUUACAAACAGUUAUACAAGUACUUAUAUAUCGCCAUCACAGAGUCCAGCAACCCGCUUGCUACUAUCGACGUCUUCAUUAACCACCUUUCCCGGCACUUCAGAGAUGCAAAGGGCAACGUCUUCACGAGAACAGACGUAGCAAGACGCCUCCUCACCCAAAAUCUUCUUCUCGCAGCCUUGGCAAGAUGGGAUCUGUUAGUAGUCGACGCCAUAUGCAAAUGGAUGGACAGCAUUCCAAACUUUCAUGGCAAACUCGACAUGUUCAAAGCAAUCUUCGCCCGAGCUCUUCCCGAUCAGACUCUGUGCGCGUUGUUCCCCAUUUUUGCGACCCUGGCAACAAGGAGUGAGAAGAUGCCGGGACUCUUGGCCAUGAUCCCCACGCACCACUUUGGUACAUCAUACCAGCAGCGUCUCCGAAGUAAGUUCACGGAGGUCCGUAGUCAUGGCCGUUUGAUAAGUUCACGUCACCCUAGACUGCCACGCAAUGGUGGAGCAAGGAGUUACACAGGAGCCGGUUAUUUCCGUAAGGUCCACCUCUAUUCCAAAGAAAAGAAGUACAUCGAUUUGUCAAACUCAUUAUUCCUGGCAGUGGCGAACGGGUCGCUGGAUUCGGUUGAUAGGCUAUUGUGGGCUGGUGCGGAUGCGGAAUAUGAAGAAGACGGAGGGAGGUUGCUGGACGUGGCAUGGAAUGCCGGAAGAAAGAACGAGGUUGCGCAGCACAUCUCGCCAGCACAACCACUCUCGCACCGCGAUGUAGCGUCCCUAUCCGACGUUCAUUCUCGAUCACUUCAAGAGCGUGGUAUACCGCUCGUCGACUCAGCCAUUCCCCUCAAGCUACGUUCCGACGCUGGCAGACAACUUGCGAAACGCCAGAGCGGUGGGCCAUUACGCACGAUCUAUGAUGGGGCGCAAUACGCCAUUGACGUGACCAUUGGCACGGAGACGCUUCAAGUUUUGAUCGACACUGGAAGCAGCAGCUUUUGGGUACCAAAGGCCGAUUUCGUAUGUGUAGACGUAAACGGCACGCAACAAUCUCAGCCCACUUGCGGAUUUCCAAAAUUCGGCCCCAAAAGCUUUACUGGUGGCCAAAUCGCGGACCAGAACUUCAACGUGACAUAUGGUGGAGGGGAAUUUGCGACUGGCAUUGUGGGUCUUGAAGACGUUGGCUUUGGAGGUGUGACCGUCAAGAAUCAGAAGAUGUCGUUCGUUAGCAGGACCUACUGGCUGAGCGCAGGCAAUCUGACUAGUGGACUUAUGGGCUGGGGACUCGGUGCCACCACCGCCAUCUUUGAGGGUGCAGACCCGUCCCAAGACGGCGGAAAAAAGCCUAUAUUCGUCAAACCAUGGCUGGAGACCGCCUAUGACCAAGGCUUGGUGGCAAAGCCCAUCUUCUCGGUCGUACUCGGCAAGAGGGGCAAAGACGACGCGGACUUGUCAGCUACGGGCUUCCUUACGAUAGGAGGAGCGCCAUCGUCAUCGUCGUUGCCGCUCACGGGUACCUACGCUACCACGCCUAUCCUCAAAGAGACUUUUGAUCAUUACCAGCUGGAGAACGAGUAUGUCCACUAUGUCAUCCGACCUGACGGGUUUGUGGUCAACUGGAAGUUCAUCGCCUGGGCACCAGGUACCUCCGCGGGCACCCAUUACGGCGACAGCCAAGAACGAUUCACGAUCCUGGACACCGGCACCGCUUACACCAUGAUCCCGAAGGCCCUUGUAGAGACAAUCGCUGCAGCCUUCGACCCCCCAGCUUCCUUCAGUGAGGAUGACGGGCUCUGGGUGGCUUCGUGCAAUGCGAAACCACCUUCUGUCGCCAUUCGCAUCAACGGAACGGACCUUCCCUACGCCUCAUCAGACGUUCUCGUCGACGGCACUCUAGGUGUAAUCGACGAGCAGAAGCAGACAUGCAUAGUGGGUUUCAUGGAACCAUCUACUCCGCCUUGGGGUGGCGACCUGCCGUAUAUCCUCGGAGCCAACUUUCACAGGAAUGUACUAGCGGUACACGAUGUUGGAAAUAAGGUAAUGACGUUUGGUGCGCUGAAGUGGGAGUAA